AAAUAUCUUUGUAUGAUUAUUUAAGCUUUAUAUAUCUCUGUCUUGGUCUGUUUCUAUUGUAUCUUCUUUUCUUCACAAUAAAAUCUAAAUGUUGGAUGGAUUAUUUGCUUCGCCCUUCAAUCAUUCAGAUGACGAGAUCGACUCUAGCACCGACAAAGGAAAAGCAGUUCUUUCUCAACCUCCUGCCAGUAAAUGGGAACUAUGGGGUUAUUAUCUUUACUACAACGGUGAUAAUGGCUACACUAUCAAUAGUUAUUUGCCCAACAUUCUUCAAUACCUAGCUUACAGAGGUGGUUUUUAUCCCGAGACACCCAAUGUAAGAGGCUGUGAUCUUCAGGAUGCUGACAGAAAUUGUUAUGUUCCUUGGGCUGGUACCAGUGGCAUUCCUGUUUCUGCCAUGACACUUUAUACGCAAGCCAUCUCUUUCUCUAUCCAAUUUGUCUUGUUCACUACCUUUGGUAGUCUUGCUGAUUAUGGUCGAUGGAAUACAUACAUUUUGCUUUUGACGACUAUCGUUGGUUGUGUUACUCAGAUUGUGCCUAUUGCUUUCUUUGACGAUGAUGGUUCAAAAUGGAACUCCAUGUUGGCUGUCUAUAUCCUUGCCUUAAUUUCUUAUGGUACUUCCUUGGUCUUUUAUGCUGCUGCUUUCCCUACUUUGAGUGACAACUUGCCUAUUGUCAGAAAAGCCAGAGCGGAUCCCGAUCUGGACAGAGACGAAGCUGCCUACAUUGCUGAGAAAUGGAGAAACCAUGUCUCUGCUAUCUCUACUGUCUUUUCUAACGUUGGUUUCUUGAUCAUGACCGCUCUCUUGUCUGGUAUCUCUUUUAUUAGCUGGACUAAUUAUGAUUUCCCUAGUGGUGUCGAUCAUGUCUUGGGUAAUGUGCCCUUGUUCAACUUUAUCUCGACUGCUGUCUGUGGUGUCUUUUGGGUGAUAAAUGCUGUUCCUUAUUUCCUUGCUGUGCCUCGCGGAAGACGUGGCCCUUCUCUUCCUGAAGGCUCUAACCACUUUACUAUUGGUUGGAAGUCUGUCUUUAUCGCUAUCCGAGAAGCCCGUAAAUUAAGAUACCUUUUCUUGUAUAUCUUUGCCUACUUUAUGUUUGCAGAUGCUGUCUCGACCAUGAAUCAAAUGAUUGCCAUCACACAAUCCCAAAUCACGGGUUUUAGUGCGCAGCAAAUCACUAUUCUUAAUUUGGCUUCUGCUGUUACUUCUAUCUUGGGUUGUUUACUGUUCUUGUGGAUCUCUAAGCAAUUUGGUGUCCGUACCAAGACGAAUUUGAUGCUGAUUAUUCUCUUGACAGGUGUUGUGCCUGUCUGGGGAUGCUUUGGUAUUGGUCUCAGAAACUUUGGUAUUCGUACCACAUGGGAACUCUGGGUCUUUUAUGUCUGGUCUGGUCUUUUCACUGCUCCUAUUUGGGCCUGGCAAAAUACCAUGUUGGCCGAACUUGUGCCUCGAGGCAAAGAAAACCUCUUCUUUGGUCUGUUUGGUGUGAUCAACAAGGGUUCUUCUUGGAUUGGUCCUGUUGUCAUUGGUGCUAUUACUCAAUACACAGAUAAUCUCUGGAAAGGUUGGCCCUUUGUGCUUGGUUUGUUUGUUCUUUCUCUUAUCAUUAUCUGGUUUAUUGAUGUUGACAAGGCCAAGAUUGAUAUUACGAAUUAUUUGGCUGAACAAGAUAUCCUUGACGGUCAUUCAGACGGUAAUGAACUUAUCAUUGCCGACGAUGAAAAAGAACCCUUCUAAUUUUAAAAUAAAAAUAAUUGAUACCAUAUAA